GGUGCUACGCGGUGGCACGCCGCGUAAAUAACCCCCAACUCCCGUGGCAUUUCCGAAAAUACGCCCCCGCCUCCGCCGCGUUCUGACUUCUGAGCUCUGCGGCUCCUUUAGGUCCUUAAUCCUUAUCCCCUCCGAGUGGCACGGAUUCGUAAAUAACUGCAACCUCGGUGGCGUUCUCCAACCUCCUCACCCUUUUUAACAACAAAGUCCAACUAUUAUUACAUAUUUAAACAAAGCACCCCCCUCCCCUCCUCCAUUGUUGCAGAGAGAGAGAGGGACCAUUUCGUUUCCCUUUUUGUAACAGAGAGAGAGAGAGAGAGAGAGAGAGAAGAGGAGGGGAAACGCGAUGGGAAACGCGUCGACGAAGGAUGAGGGCGGCAAUGGGGCGGCGCCGCCGCCGCCGCCGCAGCGGAGGAGCGGCGGUGGAACGUCGCCGCCGGCGAGCCCCAGGCCGUCGCCGUCGCCGUCGCCGACGCCGUUCUUGUUCGUUCCGCAGGUUCCAGCAGUUCCAUUUCAGAGACCAAAUGAUGCCUAUUCUGUUUCCAAUCAUCCGUGGAUGAACGACUUGGAACCUUCUGAUGAUCCCACGGAAAAGGGUAUUCCGAUUUUAAUAACAUGGAACCAUGGAGGGACCGAGAUUUCGGUGGAAGGAUCGUGGGAUAACUGGUCUUCAAGAAUCUAUACGAGCAUUUUCAGGAAGACGCUGGAGAAGUCAGGAAAAGUUCAUGCUGUGUUGAUGGUCUUGCCGUCCGGAGUCUAUCAUUACAAGUUCUUCGUUGAUGGCGAAUUCAAACACAGUCCUGAUUUUCCUUGCAUUACUGAUGAGAGAGGACAAUUCUCUAACGUUCUUGAUGUCCAUGAUUAUGUUCCUGAAAAUAUUGAUGGCGUCUCGGAAUUUGAGGCACCUCCUUCGCCUUACUCGAGCUACGACCAACUUUACCCCGGGGAUGAGGACUUUGCAAAGGAGCCGCCAGCACUCCCGCAGCAACUGCUCGUUACCGUCCUCGGAUCGCACGACGAUCCUGAAGAGUCUUCUGUAAAGCCGCAGCAUGUUGUCCUCAAUCACCUCUUCAUCGAGAAAGGGUGGACGUCACAAUCUCUCCUGGCCCUCGGGCUCACCCACAGGUUCCAAUCCAAGUACGUAACCGUCGUCCUCUAUAAACCUUUGAAAAGAUGAAUUAGAACGGAAUGUAAAAGACGUCCGCGAAAGUGCAGAAGGGAAAUAGCAGCAGCUGCCGACCCAAUAUAUCCCAUGUACAGAAGGGUAGUGCAGUUUGCUGGCUCUUUAUUUUAUGGUUCUUUCCUGCCACUCCUCUUGAAAUCCUCUCUCGCUCUUUGUAAUAUGUCUUAGAGUCCCUUAAGAUUAGAUUGCAUCGGUUGAGCUCUGAUCAUAAUUGUCGAUUACCUUUUUAAUAUUAUUUUAGUGUGUAGCGAAGAACUUUCGAGUUGUACAUAAGUGCAAUGUUAGCAGGUUGAUUAUUCCAGAUAAUUUUGUAGCAAAGAGCUGAUAGGAGGCUAGCAGUGUACUAAAUUGCUUUGUAUUUGCACAACAAAUUGUAAGCAUGCAGUUGGGGCUUGUUUAGUUUGAUGUUGUUGCA